GAAUUUAAUCAUAAGGUUAUGUUGCAAAAAAAUUCUUUCCUCAUAUAGGCAAAUUUGGUCCAAAGAAUAUACUUUGUGGUCAAGAUUAAAUUGGAAGAAGAUUUUCUGAUAGUUUUUCAUUUCAUAAAAAGAUAGGCCUAUCCAAUAAUUUUGUGGCCAGGAUUAGAUUCUGAAACUAUGCUAUCCAUCCCUCUUUCUCCUCUCUCUAAUGUUGUUUUCAGCCAAUUUUCUGAACAGUUAAUUAAAAAUGUCUUCCUUUGUUGCUCUUCAUAGCCUUCAUGGCUCUCUUCUUAGAUCCAAAUUCUUAGGCCAAGAGAACCUCACUCAUCUUUAUCCUCACAGCAAUAAAGCUUCCAUCUUUCACAGCAAACCGACCUUCAAAACAGUACAAACAUGUGCCAAAUUCGACUUGCUGCAGAUCAUGGGAGGCAGAGGUCUCUGCAAAGGAGAAGAAGGUCUUCAAAAAGAGCUUAAAAGAGAAGUUGGUCUUGAUGAUCAGAAUCAGCCAACAUCAUCAGAAGCAAGUGACAAAGAACAAGAAGACUCAACAAGUAACUCAACAAAAUCCUUUGAAAGUGUUGCAGAAGACGGGUUUGAUAAAGAGUUAAUGGGGUUAACCGGAGGAUUUCCUGGAGGUGAAAAAGGUUUGAAAAAAUUCAUUGAAGAGAACCCUCUUCCUAAAACUGUUAAAGGAAACAAAAGCCUUAAACUUUCUUCAUCGGAGAAGCCAAAACCACCGGAACUUCCUAUGUUACUUCCAGGAAUGAUUGCUAUUGUGAAGAAUCAAAAUAAUCCUUUUUACAUGUACUGUGGUAUUGUUCAAAGAAUCACUGAUGGUAAAGCAGGAGUACUGUUUGAAGGAGGGAAUUGGGAUAAGUUGAUCACCUUUAGGCUUGAGGAACUUGAGAGAAGAGAAAAAGGUCCUCCUAUGAAGAAUCCUAAGUCUUGCGUUCUUGAACCAUUUCUUGUAAAGAAAUCAUAGUUUUCAGCUCUUUGUUGUUAUUGUGUAACAAAACAUGUUCACUUUUGUAUCAUACUACAUGUUUCUGACAAUUGAAUCUUAGUUGUGUAUUUCA